GGCUCGGCCGAGUUCGGUGGCGCGUAAAUCGAGAAGCCGAUAAACGUGCGCGCCGUUCAGCUCGAUCGGAGGAUUCGAUUAUUCCCCGCUGUCGCCGUGUUCUCCGUGCGAUUCUGGAAAGUCGCACGAUCGUUCACCGCGCGGUCCGCCGCCGUGCCACGAAAACCUUGUGAGAGAUCGUGGUCGUACGAGACAGUCGCCGAGGAACAGGAUCGCAUACGCGCGACCUUCCUGAACGUGUUCUGUCGUCGGUGAACAUAUUGCGCUCGUAAUGUUGGCACUAUUUGUCGGGACGGCGGUCGUCGCUACCGACCGCCGAGGAUUAUUGAUUUCCUCGCUUCGCCGCGUAUAUAUGUCCUUCGCGUAAAUAUCCGCGAAACACCAUGUGCCGGCGCGAUUGAGCAGGUAUCGUCGAUCGGAAAAGCUCCUCCGUGGAGCGACGAGAGACGCUCCACGGAACGGAUCGCGAGAGAGAAAGAGAAAGAUCGUUACGAGAAAUUCCUCGCGCGAGAAAAGGAGAAAAAACCAGAGUUGCGCGAAAGCUCGAGGGGGAACAGAUGGAAUGUCGGCGGGGCAGAGAGGGGCGGAGGGGGAAAAGAGAGAAGAAAAACGAAAUAAUAGUGGAGCCGUGCUGCAGAGCCUUGAGAAUAAACUCACGAAUGAACGGGAUGGUUCGAAUAAUUACACGCGUCCACGGCUUUGACUUGGGCGGAUGAUAUGCUUCGCGUGCUUGAAGUAGCAUUUCCCUUCCUGAUGUGCAACUUGAUACGUUCGUCGAUUUGCGACAUGCAGUUUUUAUCACACAACUCUGAAACUUAAUUUAUUUGAUAAAUAAUAAAAAAUGGCGGAUACGGAUCCACAGUUCAAACGCUUUUUAUUGCCAGCAGAGGAAACUCUGUUUGAACAGUUGCUAAGAUUUGGGCUCUAUGUGGGUGCUGUAUUUCAAAUAAUGUGUUUGCUAGCUAUAGUAAUCUAUCAGGCAGGUCCAUCGGAUGGUGUAGCAGCUUUAAAGGAUGAUCCAAGCGACGUAGAAUGCUCUGAAAAUAGCCCACAAGUAACACCGAGAAGACCUCACCGGCCGCGCAAGCAAGAGAAGAAAAAGAGACGUUAAAAUACUGACUACUCUACCGAGUGAUCAAAUGUCACAUUUUAUUGAAUGAUAUUUAUAUCUUACAUAAGACUGUGAAAUAAUUCUUUAGUUAUAUGUAUUUGUUAUAAGUUAUCUAUUAAAAAAACAUUUUUCCAGUA